GUUUUCACUUUAAACAUUUCAAGCGCGUCUCAUACCUUUGAGAUAGGCUACGUCGUGCUGUUUCUGAACCCACUGAAAACGCUUGAACUCAUUAUAAUACUAAAGACUCUUUCAGUUCCCGUUGGAUGUACGUGCAACUGUAAACCCGCCUCAGAAAACCACCAGCAGCUUCACUUCCACUUUACUGAGCAGUCUCUCUGUCUGCCUCUCUGUGAAGAGCUCUGAAUCUACCGUCAUGUCUCUCCCUCAACAGCUGCGCGAUGAAAGUGAUUUCGACCAGCUUCCAGACAACAUUCCAGUCACUGCAACCAUUGCUGAUAUCGAAGAGAAGAAAGGUUUCAUUGUUUACUUUAUGUUCGUGAUUGAGGUGAAGACCAAAGGCAACAGUAAGUACCUGAUCUACAGAAGGUAUCGACAGUUCUUCGCUCUGCACCAGAGUUUGGAGCUGAAGUACUCAUCUGAAGCCCAGACGGGAUACUACACCUGCCAACUACCUGUCCUGCCAGGUAAGGUAUUUAUGGGAAACAAAAAGGAGAUUGCAGAAAGCAGAAUCCCAGAGCUCAACAAUUACAUGAAGAGGUUGCUUUGUCUGCCUACCUGGGUACUUUUGGAUGAUCUGAUACGGAUGUUUUUCUACCAGACCGAGUUGGACAGCCAACAGGUCCCCCGGGCCCUGCGCCGCCUGCGGCCCCCCACACGCAGAGUAAAAACCGUGAAGUCCAAAACGGACCUUUUCUCCGCACCCAGAGCAGAGGCGGUGUUUGACUUCAGCAGCAGCGGACGCUUGGAGCUCAGUCUGAAGGCUGGAGACGUGAUCUUCCUCUUGCGGAGAGUCAACGCUGACUGGCUGGAGGGCACAGUGAGGGACAAAACCGGAAUCUUUCCCGAGUCGUUCGUGAAAAUCAUUAAAGCUCUUCCCGAGAGUGACUCUGAGGACGAGGGCGGAGCUUCCAGGAAGGGGGCGCGUGCUCAGGGUUCCUACAGCUGCCUGCGCUGCUACCUCCUGCAGCCAGAGGGCAUCGAAACAAGGGACAUUUGCGUUCAGGAAGAUCUCUCGAUUCGACCGUCUCUUGAAGAUCUGCUCUCCCGAAUGAGGGAGCUCUUUCAUGUGGAAGAUAUUGCUUUGAACUACCGGGACCCCGAGGGCGAUCUGAUACGGAUAUUAGACGAUGAAGACGUCGCUCUGAUGGUGCAAGAGAGCAAAUACACAGGGUCAAAGGUCAAAAGACCCGUGAAUCAGUAUCCUUGGGAGCUGCUGGUCACACAUGCCAAAGACAUGACGGUCUACAACACAGAGUAUUAAGAUGAGCGCGCUUUUUGAUCACCUCUUCCUCCUUUUUUUUUUUUUUUUUUAAAGGGAUAGUCCACCCAAAAAUGAUUCUUCUAGCAUUAUUUACUCGCUCUUGAACAGUGUUAUGCCUGAUUACACGAUUUUAGCCCGA